AUGCGGCAUGUACCCGACCCCAUCUUGCGCCAGCAGGCACGGCGCAUCACCCAGAUUCCGGCCAAUAUGAAGCAGUACACCGACGAUAUGGUGGAAACCAUGCACUCCGAGCAUGGAGUUGGCCUGGCCGCCAAUCAGGUCGGCGGACUCCAAAAGGUCGCGGUCAUUCAAUUGCCCGAGUGGGACGAAGCCCUGAUAUUGAUAAAUCCCGAAAUAAUCCGGCGCGAAGGAGAACGAGAGGUCGAGGAAGGCUGCCUGAGCAUUCCGGGAUAUCGGGGCACGGUCAAACGUUCUGAGCGGGUGAGGGCCCGGGCCUUGGACCUCAACGGCAAAAUGGUCCGCAUCAGGGCCGAUGGCCUGCUGGCCCAGGCCCUGGAACACGAGACCGACCACCUGAAUGGCAUCCUGUAUAUUGAUCACCUGGUUUCUCGCGAUGCCCUUUGGAAGAUAAGCUACGAGCGCGAUCCGGAGGAACCUGCGGAAGAUGACACCGAAGUCACAGAACCUCAGGAGUCCGAGGAGAAACCCGAAUAA